CCUCUGCCCUCUGUCUGCACAGUGCUGAUUGGCCCUGUACUGAUCACAUGCACUCUCCCGAAAAAAAAACAAAAAACAUCUCUAACGAUACACACCAAACUGAGCAUGUGCAUUGUCUCCACACCAUAUAUCUUAUCAGCAGAUAAGAGAGAGACACUGGCAGAAGGGGAGGAUCAGAGAAGUCAGGAUCAAACAGCAUUUGUGCACAAUGUAGGGAAUUAACCCCAUAGGUUCCACAGUGAGUAUAUCAAGCAUGCUUUACUGCAUACGUAGACUGAUUUUACUGUUGUGGGUUUAGUAACAUUU